CCCCCCCGGUUUCCUCCACACCUCUUCGUUUACACCUACAGGCCGGUCAAGUCCAGGCAGAAGUGCUGCAGCUGUUUAGGCUUCACUCUGAAGCUCACUGGGACAAAAACAAUGACUGUUCUUCUGUUCAGCUUUGUUGUGCUGCUUGGAGCUUCUCAUGCGUCUGACACCGUGGCUCCUGCCGAGCUCGGGCCGCCGUCGCUCGGGUUCAGCUCCUCGGUUCGCUCGGUGUGUAAACCUAUCCCGAGCACCCUGUCUCUGUGCCACAGGAUCGGCUACAGGCACAUGCGGAUCCCCAACUUGCUCGGCCAUGAUUCGCUGAGGGAGGCCCAGCAGCAGUCGGCGGCCUGGCUGCCCCUCAUCUCCAAGCUAUGCCACCGGGACACCAAGAAGUUCUUGUGCUCGCUGUUCGCUCCGGUGUGCCUGCCGGAGCUCAGCGGGCCGGUCAACCCCUGCAGGAGCCUGUGCGAGGCCGUGCGGGACGGCUGCGUGCCCGUGAUGAGCGCGUUCGGGUUCCCCUGGCCCGAGAUGUUUAAUUGCACUCGGUUCCCGCGAGGGACCGAGCUCUGUAUCCCGGCAACCGGAGAGCAGGAAGGGCUGACGGCAGAGGAGGUCAAGCACGAGGAGGCGCUGAAAGGAAGUGUUAUCUGUGAUGCCUGUAGUCUGGCUGCUGAAGGAGAGACUGACAUCCAGGAAAACUUCUGCCACAGUCCAUAUGCAUUUAAGAUGCGUCUGGGCAGUGUGUCGACGGUGGGAGGAGACCGUCAGCUGGUGCCUACGGCCCGCAGUCGCAUCCUGAGGUGGGCAGGGGGAGGUGCGGAGAAGGCAGAGGGGGUCGGAGGCGCGAUGGCCCACAGUGCUUUGUGGCUGCAAGAGGGAGGCACCUGCACUUGUCCUGGCUUAGACUCUGCAGACACAAACGAAGACAGAGGGCUAGAGGAGGAUCAGAUGGAUAAGGGACAAGCUAGGGAGGGGAAUGGGGCCCAGACUGGAUGGUACCUGGCCCUGGCUCAGGCUGAUGAGGGAAGACUGGUGCUAACUCGGCUGGUGAGGUGGGCCAGAGGGGACAAGGAGUUGAAGAAGUUCAUCAGAGCUCUCCUAAAACAGCCCUGUCCAGAACUGUAGACACUUACAAACCAUCACAGUCCUGUCUCAUGUAUGUUGCUUUGAGGUUGUGUGCAGUCUGUAACUGUGUGCUGCCAACUGCAACACCUUAACAGUAAUGUACACAAAAUCCAGAGUAGUUACCAAAGACUGAGUAAGGAACACAUCAGGAAACAAGUAACACAAGGAAGUGACUCGUGUACAGAUUUUAUGUAAAUGAACUAGUGUUUAGAGAUUAGUUCAUAGAUCCAAAGCCACUUUCUGGAUCAGUUGUUCCCAAUUCUAAAAAAGGGUGCUAAAUGCCACACAAUCAAUAACCAAUCAAAUCGUCUGUACAAAGUACAUAUUAUUUUGUGUCAUUUUGAGUAUUUCAAGCAUUUAUCACUACAUUAUGACUACUAUUAUUCACAUAUAGGCUUCAUGUUUGUGCUCCCUCCAGUAAAAUAGAGCAUCAUUUUUUUUUACCAAACUGACUGAAAAUGAAUUUAGUUUUUAAAUGACACAAAACAAAGAGCUGGCAUUUGUGCACCUCAUUCUGAAGUUAUGAGUCCAUGAUUCUGGAAAUCUCACAGAGGCAGUGAUGUUGAAGCAUUUUUGUGUAUUUUUGUGUACAUUUGUGUAUAUAGAAGAGACAAAGUAGUUUUGGUAAUAGAUUGAGCUCAUCAUAUUUUCUACUGAUACAUAUUUAGGGUGAAGCAGUGUUACUUGUUAUUCCUGUGAUGAUAAAAUAUUUACUUUUACUGUAUACCUAUCUUAUCACAUCCUCAUCACACUUUUAUACAGGUCCUUUUUUAAAAUUUUAUAAUUUUGUUUCACAACAGCUCAGGUCUCUGUAGUUUGAUGAGUGUAAACAUGGAAAGACGAGGGACAAGUGAUUAUCACAUGUUAGGAUGAUAUAAUCUCAGGUCACGUCAGAAGAGAAGCACUGAAAAGAGAGGACUGGAAAUGUGAUGUGAACAAUAAAUCAUUUAGAUUUGA